AUGAAACUUAUCCACGUUCCAGUUUAUACACCAAGCAUUAAGACACAGCAAGCCAGUCAAAGUCCAUCACUACGGAAGUGUCUAGACUUCACGGUAAUCCAAGUAAAAGAGAAGAGAAUUAGUUAUUCUCUGGAUCUGAAUAAUGAUUCUGCACUAGUGUCUAGUCCUCACAGUAAUCCAAGCACUCGCCUCAUUUUUGCUCCUGUAGAUGAUGCUGAUACUGUUGGAUUGGAUAAACGUUAUUAUGAUUAUCUUACUGGUAGCGUUCCUGAUGAAAGCAUCAGUUCGUCUCUCAUAUUGCAUUGUGUCAUAGAACAGGUAGUUGCUACAGUGGAUGAAACCAAUCCUUUGGAUGAAAUAACCAAACCAAGGGAGGAUGGCGACCAUUGUGAUUUGGCUGAUUAUAUCAAUGCAAGAAUUGCUGAACUUUCUUUGACUAAGGAUGAGAAAAAGGAGAUUCUAGAUAUGAAUUGUGAUAAAAAACAAAGCUCAAACACAAACGUUCCUGAAGUGUUGAAUCAUCAUGAUCUUAUAUCUCAUCGUCUACAUUAUCUUGACGAUAUCUCAGUUAUGGACAGCAUAAAUGUUGAACGUUCCAUCAUCGAGACACUUCGCCUUCGUUUUCUCAAUUUAUUUCCCGAGAGAAGUGUCACUGAAACGAUGGAGAGAAAAGCGAGAUUCCAUCAAUUUAUACAACAUUGUGCUUUCCCUAGCGAGGAAAAUCUUUCAUAUCUUUUGAAAAAAUACACUUUUGAAGCUGUACCUUUAAAAACUCUAAAUGACAAAGGAAACAUUGUUUAUCCAAAUCCCGACUGCAGUAAAACUUCAUCCUAUCUUAAUCCUUGGGAUGAUCCGUAUUCUGAUCUCACCAAGUACUUUAUUGCACGUGAUCAAGGUUUGAUUACCAAUGACGUAGACAUAGCAUCGGUUUCUGCUGCCGUUGAUCUCGUGUCAUAUAGGAAUCUGGAUGAAUGGUGCUUUGUGGAAGAAUACGAUAAAGCAACGUUACCUCAGAUUUUACAUGAAGUUCUUCACUUACGUCCACAUGUUCAUACCUAUUACCACCGUCACGAUGACACGUUAUUGUUGAUAUGUCACAACGCUGUGAUGGCGACUGACCUUCAUAAUAGAGACUCCUGGAACGUACGAUUGUUGUCAAAUGUCGGAUUUAGAAACUACCUGGAAAAUAUUAGUUGUUUGAUACAAGAAUGGAGUUCCAAACAAGAGAUGGUGGAAACAGAAGAAAGCAUCCCUACACCUACAUCGGUUAUUCCCACUCCAGAACCUUCCUUAACUGAAGUCAAGGUAAAAAGUCGUUAUGGUCUCCAAACCAGAGCAGAAGUUGCAGCAAUGAAGGCCGAAGAAGAAGACAGCAAGGGAAAGAAAAAAGGACGGAAAAGCAAGUCUCCAAAACUUGCAAAGAAAAGUGCUGAAAAGUGGAGAGCAGCUAGUCAGAACAAGGCUAGACCAGUCUCGGUUUCUACUCCAACUAGUCAGAACAAGGCUAGACCAGUGUCGGUUUCUACUCCCAGUAAAAAUACAAAAAGUAGCAAAGCUAGACUUGUUGAUGAAAACGAUGAUCUACCGACGAUUAACAACGAAGAACAGGAAGACGACUACGAGUUGCUAGGUUACGAUGUCGGUGACAAUUUAAUGCACGUGACUGGAGACCAGUCCUCGAUGUUUCCACGCGAUGGUGGUGAAAUUCGUGUGGAGAAGAUAGAAUAUUUGAGAGGAUCGCGCUGUGUUUCCAUUUCCGUGUACAAAGAUGGAAAUAUACUGAAAUUACAUUUUCUUGAACCAAUUGAGGAAACACUACCCGAAGAAGACAAAUUGCUUGAAAAUGCUGAAAAAUGUUCAGGCGUGGUAUCCACCGAACGAUUAAAUUCUUUAAAUGAAUUAAAGGAGGAAGGCAUUGAGAAGAGUGAGUUUGAAGCCAAUGAAAAGAUGACGUCAUUAUGUGAUGUCACUCCAUCUGUCUUCUGUGAGCAUGCGUCGUUUGUUGCACAACUCAAUGACGGCAUGGUGAUCACGUGUAGCGGUUUUGGAAGUUCAGGUCAAUCACCUAAAUUAAAGGAUGUAUUGAAUGAGAGCUCUGUGUCAGGUGUUCCAGGUGAAGCCAGUCCACCUCCACCUAAAGCUUCCUCACCCAAAUCUCGCAAAAAGAACGAUGAAGAAGCGAGGCGUCUUGAAGAAAUGAGACUAGCUGAAGAGAAACGAUUGGCUGAAGAGCAAACCAGAAAACUUCGUGAUUUACAAGAAUCACUAAAGAAACCGUUUCAAGAAAUCUUUGUCAGUUGCCCGGAUGGCCUACAUGUGUCCUAUCGUAAUGACGAAAAUUACACUAGCGCCCAGGACUCUGGUGGUGUUGUCGUACGUCAACGAUAUCCUUUCAAGUCACGUGGCUUACACGAAACCGAGGCUGUGCGUCGAGUUGCCAUGCUCGAGGCAUCGCGAUCAAUAAUGACAGAUGGCUCUGUUAUUAAGAUUAUGCUGGAUGAUUCAGUUGAAAUUCUUUAUCCGGAUGGUUCUAUAAGCAGAUGUUCUGUUUUUCAAGUGCAAUCCAACGAUGACGAUGCAACACUCGAACCCAGUAUUCUCCCGAAGAAACUUAAAGGCGAAAUAAUGAUGUCAUUGCCAGAUGAUGUUGACGACCAAGUACAUGAAAGUACGAAGCUGAGCGCGCAAUGGAUGACGGUAACAUGUGAUGGUCAGCGGUUUUUACAAAACGAUGGUGGUAGCCAAUGUUUAGGAAAUUACGUGAAACAAUCUCUAGCGACAUGUCCAGAUACACGACAGAUUUACAAAACGAGGGAAGAUAAAGUCAUCAAAGUUAUUCGACCUGACGGCACUCAAGUCGUAGAGCAUUCGGACGGCACUCGUAUUACUACGUUUUACGAUAUAACACGAGUAGAGUUGCAACCUCCGAAUGCAGAAACUGGCGAAGAGGCUGAGUACGAGUCACGUGUUACCACAUAUGUCAAGGUGGAAUGUGAGGGUUUUGCAACCGUUACCAUGGAGACAGAAUAUGGUUCAUGUCGAACGUUGUUUGGUAACGGUAGCUCCAUACACACGAUGACGAAUGGUGAAAGUGUUAUUGAUAUAUAUGAUGGUUCUAGGAUCUUGUGUGAUAGUAAAGGUAACGUUUCCUACUUUCCUCGCGACUUAAAUGAAGUUCAUCAUGAUCAUGGUUGUGAUGACGUCAAUUCUGUCAGGAAUCGUCAGGGGGGUGCUUAUUAUCUACGCACUACGUCACAACAUUGCUGUGAUCAUAAGGACAACUGUGGAAAUACAUUCUCUGUGUUUAGUAAUGGUGAUAUAAAAGUUGAUAAAGUCAAUACUAUAGAUACAACAGAAAAAGCAGACAUUUUACCCGUCCCACGAUUCUUUGUGAUGCGUCGUGAUGGUACUGGGUUUGAAUUGUUACGUCAUCAAGACGUUGACGAAUACUUGAAAGCUGCUGAAGAUAACGUUGCUACGGCUGUUUUAAGAACUCCUGUUGAAGGUUUACCAAACGUCACCGGGGUUACUGUACUAAAACCUUUCUCAGGAGGAGAAGGAAGAAAAUGGCUAAAAUACAAGGAUGAAAGUAAUCUUGUUCCGCUUGCUUUACGGGAAAGAGACUUCACGCAGUUUCCACCGAUAGAAAAAAAGAAAGAUGGACCAAAAUUUGGUACCAAUGCAGGUUGUGGACUAGUCAUUGGCAACAUGAGAAAGCCCGUUGAUGUAAAACCAUUAUUAACUUGUCCCAAAGUCUUGGUUUUGCGUCAUUUUGUUCAAUAUGAGCCUUCAGACAUCGUAUAUCGCGAGACUAUUUCAUCGGCAUUCCGUCAAUAUGGCGAGUACGUGACAAAACUUCAACUUCAGUGCGAUAACUGUCUGCCGAAGGAGUCACGUGACACGGAAGAAAUAAAAAGAGCAAAUGGAUUGGUUGAAAAGGUAAGCAUUUUUUAAUCAUAAAGCGGUUAUAUUAUCAUACGAGACUGCUUCUAUAUUUUUAUUACAUCAAGAAAUAUAUCAUAGUAUUACUUAUAGUGUAACUAUAGAAAAAUUUUAAGAUGACAACAGUAAAGAUUGUUGUCAAAUUAUCAAAUUUUAUUUAUAAUGACGUUAAUGUUACUCACUAAUCAUAUCAUAGGUGCAUGAAUAAAAGUCAAGAUGGAAAUGCA